UUGUGUAUACAAUUAUAUUUAAGUUAAAGAAUAAAUUCUAAACGAUGGGUUCCUUGAUUGGCAAAUCUUUCAAUAAUGUUGUCAACGUUUAUUUCUAUAUCUGCAUGAAUAUGUAGUAAUUCAAGCCCAUUCAAUCUAUCUUCAACCAUAGUGGACCUUAACCAAGUUUUAAGUCGUCGUAAUGUGGAAAAACUUUCAGCACUAGAAACACUGACAGGUGGAGUUUUAUAAGGUGAUCAAAAAAAAUAAAAGCCACACCGGAAACAGGAAUCUGCGCACGCCUAUGAUGCCAAAAUACAUCGCUCGAGUCUUAAGUCAACUUUCCGAGGAAGUCAGAAGGCAACAAAUAAAAAUUUCAAGAAGUAUCGAGAACAUUACACAAGAAAAUGUUCAAGAAACGCAAAUAACGAAGAUUUAAUUCAUAAUCUUUUUAUCACAUCAGAUCCAGAUAUAUCCAGUAUUCGACCUUAUUAUGAACGUAGGAAAAAGAAGGAACUAUUUGCUGAAUCUGUUCAAUUACUUUUGAGUGAAAAUAAGAUUGACCAGAAAAAUGAACAGGAGGAAGACAAUGGAAAUAAAGAAUAAACAAGUUCGAUCGAACUUUGAGUAGGUAUGUAAGUAAAUUAAAGUAAUAAUUUUAAUACUUGGAAAAUGGGGAAUCAAUUGGUGGGCAUAGCUCCCUCUGAAAUAUUUCCAGUCGAACAUUAUCUUACUGAUCAUUCACAGUUACAAUUUGAUGCCAGUUUGGGAAGUACUCGAUUUUUUAAAGUAGCUCGUGCCAAGUCACAAGAAGGAAUGAUUGUUGUAAAAGUGUUUGCUCUACAUGAUCCAAUGUUACCAUUAAUAAAACAUCGAGUGCGUGUUGAAGAAAUCAAAUCAAAACUACAGUCUGCUGUCAAUUGUUUAUGUUUUCAAAAAGUCAUUAUAACUGAUAAAGCGGUUUUCUUGAUGCGUGAAUAUGUGAAAUAUAGUUUGUACGAUCGAAUUAGCACCAGACCUUUCUUGACAAUGAUUGAGAAAAAAUUUAUUGCAUUUCAAAUAUUAUUUGCUUUACGACAAUGUCAUACAUUAGGUGUAUGUCAUGGGGAUAUAAAAUUGGAAAAUAUCAUGAUUACAUCUUGGAAUUGGGUAUUACUUACAGAUAUAGCAUCUUAUAAACCUACAUAUCUACCUGAUGAUAAUCCAGCUGAUUAUUCAUUUUUUUUUGAUACUUCUCGUAGAAGAUUAUGUUAUUUAGCACCAGAACGUUUUGUCAAAACAUCUGCAGAACUAAGUAAUCAAUUAUUACCAUCUGAAGAUCAUGUUAAAAAAGGAGAAUUGACUCCAGCUAUGGACAUUUUUUCUGCUGGUUGUGCAUUAGCAGAAAUGUUCACUGAUGGUCAUCCACCUUUUGAUCUGUCACAGUUAUUGGCUUAUAGAAAUGGAGAAUAUGACCCAAGUCCUCUAAUUGAUACCAUUGAUGAUGAAGGAGUUAGAGAUCUUAUUAAAUCUAUGAUAAAAUUAAACCCAGCACAUCGUUGUUCAGCUGAGUUGUAUUUGGAUGAAGAGAAAAAUAAAAUAUUUCCAGAUUAUUUUUAUUCUUUUCUCCAACCAUAUUUGCAAAUGUUUUCGGCUACAAAUCCUAUAAUUUCACCUGAUGAAAAAAUCGAUAGAUUGAAAAGUGAUAUCAACGGUAUUAUUAAUAUGUUUCUCCCAUCUAAUGAUUCAGGAGAAUGUACCGAUGGUUUAGUUUUGAUUGUUCAACUAGUCACAUCUUGCAUCAGAGGUUUGCAUUUGUCUACUACAAAAAUACAAGCAUUAGACGUUUUACUUGAAUUAUCAGUGUAUUGUUCUACAGAAACAGUUUUAGAUAGAAUUGUACCAUAUAUUUUUCAUAUGAUUCAAGAUGUUUCUCCUGGGGUAAGAAAAUCUGCAUUGCAUGGUUUAAAUAAUACACUUUCAACUGUCAAAAAUUUAAAGCCAAGUGAUGCAAAUACAUUUCCUGAGUAUAUAUUUCCCGGUUUAAUAAAUGUGGCACAGGAUGAUGCAGUUAUUGUUAGGUCAACGUUUGCCCAAAUUAUUUCACAGUUAGCACAAACUGGCUUAAGAUUUUUAAAAUGCUGUCAGAAUGUAAAGGAUGAUGAACCAACCACAAAUGCUUUUGAGACAGAACUGGCCACUCUACAUGAAAUGGUACAGCAAUCAGUAUCAGCUCUUCUUACUGAUACUCACAAUAUUGUAAAACAAACACUAGUCAACAGUAAUAUAAUUGAGUUAUGCGAAUUUUUUGGAACUCAACGAGCAAAUGAUGUGAUAUUAUCUCAUAUGGUUACAUUUUUGAAUGAUAAAACAGACAAACACUUACGGGCUUCAUUUUUUGAUAACUUUGUCAAUGUAGCUUCUUUUGUUGACCAACAGUGUUCGCCUAUAUUAUGUCCACUUUUGCAACAGGGAUUUACAGACAGUGAAGAGUUUGUUGCAAAAAAAGCACUUAAUGCAAUGGCACAGCUUAUUGAAAAGGGUUUGCUUCAAAAAACUGCUCUUUAUCAAUUAAUUAGUGAUAUUUCUUGUUUUCUCAUACACCCAAAUUUAUGGAUAAGACAGGCAACUGUUGGCUGUUUUAGUGCUACAGCAAGAAUGUUGGAUGAUGUAGAUGUUCAGUGCAAAAUCUUGCCUGUAAUGAAACCAUAUUUAAAAAAUUCAAUCAUAUUAGUAAACAGGGAAGAAUUAGUAUUAAAUACUUUAAAAGAUCCUUUACCUAGAAAUAUUUAUGAUACUGUUGUAAAAUGUUCAAUAGUUGAAACUUUAGUGAAUAUUUUGGGCGAACGAAAAAAAGCCAGAACGAUAGUUAACACUGGUCAUAUACCUUUACCAAGUGUUACACAAUCAAUGCAUCAAAAUAAUGCAUUAAGAAAUUUGAUUAAGAAACUGGAAUCUGAAGGAAUGACUGAAGAAAUAGAAGAUCAACUUUUGGCUUUAUCCAAACAUAUUUUAAAAGUCCAUAAGCAGUUAGCAUUUGAUAACAAAUAUGGUACUAAAGGAAAGAUUAAUAUUGGAGACACAAAACUCAACAUACAUUGCUAUUCCAUAGCAUUGGCUCGAUCGCAAAAUUCAAAACUUCAAGAUUCCAUUCCAAUUGUAAAUAAACGUAGAGGCAUAGAUGAUCAGUCAGUUGCCAAUAUGAACGAUGAGUGGAAAUGUAUGUUUGGUGGUCCAGAUUUAUCUUCCAAGCAAAUGCAUCCUUCACGAAAUCAAUCACCAGUUGGCGGUUCAUAUACUUCAGAUAUUCAACCAUCUCCAUCUAAUAGUAUUGAAGGUCCUACUGAUAUGUCAUACAUACAUUAUCGCUAUGCACCAUGUAAACUAGAAUUACGGAAAUUGAUAUCUCAUCGUCAAGAGUGUUAUGACAUUACUAUGAGACGCCAUGAAUGGGCUGAACAAGAAGUAUGGAAACCAAGACUACCUCCACCAGGUUGGCGGCUCCGUUCUCAAUUAGUAGCUCAUCUGCAUGAACAUAAGUCAGGAGUAAAUAGAUUGGUGUCCAUUCAAAAUACUUCACUAUUUGCAAGUUGUUCAUCAGACAGUUAUGUUCGUGUCUGGGAUUGUAUGAAAAUGGAAGGCAAAAACAUUGCUAAUCGGUCUAAACAAGUUUAUAAUCAUCAAAAUGGAGCAUUAUAUGGGAUGACCUCGUGCAGAAAUAAUCAAUCAUUGGCUACUGUUAGUCAUUCAGGUUCAGUAGUUAUUUUAAAUUUAGAGUCAAAUAGUAAUAAAUUAGGUGUGAUGCAAACAAAACAAUUAGAUUUACAAGAAGAUGGUUGUGCUGUUGAUAUAUCUUAUUUGGACUCUGGAUCUCAAAUGGUACUUGUGUAUACAACUGUGUAUGGUUCUCUUGUUGGUUGGGAUCUUCGUGCUCCUAAAUUGGCUUGGAAAGUGAAUAACGAUAUAAAACAAGGUAUUAUAACUGCCAUGUGUUUAGAUACAAGACAAAGUUGUCUAACAUUAGGUACAAGUAGUGGAUAUCAUACAUGUUGGGAUUUGCGUUUUAGGUUACCGAUUGCCACUAUUGCUCAUUCCAAAGCUGUACGUGUAAGAAGAUUAAUAAAACAUCCGACAGAACCAUCAUGGAUUAUAUCUGCUAUGCAAGAUAACAAUGAAGUAACAGUAUGGAAUUUAGAAAGUGGUUCAAAACAACAGACUCUUUGGGCUAGUAGUGCUCCUCCACUGUCAACCAGUCAAACUAAUAACCAUAGUGUUUGUGCAUUGUAUUCGAUGAAUACAGAUCAUGGUCCAGAGUUGUUGACAGGAGGUACUGAUCAAAGAGUACGUAAAUGGAAUUUGACAUCACCAAGUGAUUCUUAUAUAGCCAUACCAGCAGCAAAUGAUGUUAUGGGUCAUUCAUUAUAUUGUUAUGAGUGUAGAUUAGUUGAUGGCACUAAUGUUGUACAAGAAGUGUGUACAAAAUCAAACAGUACAGUAAUGACUGGUGAUGAGGAACCAUUGUGUGCUACUGAUCAACCGGCACCUGGCCAUGUAGGGUCUAUACUAGAUAUAACCUCGUGCAUGGCGUCCCAGUGUUUUCUAGUCUCUGCAUCUUGCGAUGGAAUUAUUAAAGUAUGGAAAUAAUAUUAACAAGAAUGUAUGUUCAACUAAUAGUAAUAAUUGAAUGUAUUAAAUGUUAUAU